GUUGGCAUGAAAAUUGAAAGAGCAUGAAGAGAGUAUAUAUAUUUACAAAAUUAUUUGUAAUACAAUUAAAUAAAGAAAAUAAAUUGCCAUAAAAAGUGCAGUAAUUAAAAAGACAAUGAACUAAUGUAAAGAACCGGCUAAUAUAAUUUCUAACUGGAACUCAGUUCGCUUUUUCGUUUCUUUGGUUUUUUUGUGUAAUUUGCGCUUGUGUGUGUAUGUCUGUUCGAGAGUGAGUGAGACAAAAGUCGAAAAAAAUUACCGUGAAAUUUUAGCAGUACGUUAUUUUUCUACAUUUUUUGUACGUAUGUACGUGUACGUGCUUGUCGUCCGUAGUUGUCGUCGUCGUCCUCUUCCUCUUCCUCCUCAUCAUCCUCUUUCUCAAUGUUGAUGUGGGAGUGGAUGUAGAUGUGGAUGUGCAUGCGGAUGUUGAAGUUGUGUGUGUGCGUGUGUCGUCACCGAGCAGAAUUCAUUGGGAACUUCAAGUUUGCCGUUAACGUAAACAAUUGCAACAAAAAACAGUAAAAAAAAAAGUGAAAAGAAAAGAAAAAGAAAAAAAAUUGUAAAAUAACAAACUAAAAAGCGCUCAGGUAGCAGCAAAGUAACUGUAAUUCUAGUGGCGUCCUCAUCGUGGGGGCCAGGCUAAGCCACUGUGUUAAAAGCGGCCCAAAAACGUCGCAGCAACAGGAUCAAGUGCCACUUACACCAAACGGACAUCAGCCGUAUCAGCCGACCAGGGAGUGGAAGCAGCGGCAACAGUAUCACCAGCGCAGGAAGCGAUCCUUCGAAGGUCCUCCUAUGUUCCCGCAAACGGGAGGGGGUGGGAAGGGAUCAAGGCCACAGUCAACACACCAGCAACAGCAGCAGCAGCUCCAUCAGACGGCGCAAUCACACCACCACCACCACCUACAACAACAGCAGCAGCAACAACAGGAUCACACGGUGUUUGUGCCCAAUCACAAUAAUAUCCACCACCAUCAGCAGCAGCAACAACAACAACAACAGCAGCAACAACUCUUACAACAGCAGCAGCAGCAUUUACAACAGCAACAUCAUCUGCAGCAGCCGCCACCGCAGCAGCAGCAGCAGCAGCACCAACAUCAUCAACAGCAUCAAUCGGUCAUCUUCUACCCCACCCCAGCCACCUAUCCCGGCCACACGUCCAGUAGCAGCAGCAAUGCCAGCGGUGGCGGCGGCGCUGCCCUUCAAUUGAGCGCCGCCGCCAGCAGUGGAUCAGUGGGAGGACAUGGGCAUCAGCAGCUUGGUCACCAGCAUGGACAUGGACAUGGACAUGGACAUGGUCUAGGCCACGGUCACGGGCAUGCCGGCGUGCUCACUCCCUCGAAUAGUAACACCAAUUUGGCCCGGGCUUUAAACAAUACGGCCUUACCGCCCCAUUUUCAGCAAUCAGCCGGCCUGAUUGCACCACCUAGCAAUAAUGCGCCCGGUGGAGCAGCCACGUAUAUUUCCACCGCCUACUUACCCUUCACCACCCAGCCCCUUAAUCCGCUCAUGGGAAUGCCGACAACUGCAGCUGUUGCCUUUCCCACAAAUGGUUCUACGGGAGCUCCAGCAGCGGCAUUUUAUGCUACAGCCCCUCCACCACCACAGCCGCAACAGAAUCAGCUGCAGCCCGCUGGUCAGCAGCAGCAGCCGCCGCAGCAGCAAGUCCAAGCUCCCGCAGCUGGGCAACCACAGCCUAUUUAUUAUGUAGGUACAUCUGGACCCGGUGUCAGUGCCCAAAACCACCAUCACCACAACAACAAUGGUGGAAUGACAGGCGGUAAUAUUUCCCACAGAGCAGGAGGAGCAGGAGGCAGUGCAGUAGGCAAUAGUGGCGCCUUGCGGACUGGUGGACAAAGAGCGGCAACGGCUCAGCAUACAAAUUUUUUUACUUACCUUCAACAACCUUCCGCCCCACAACGUCCCGCACUUGUCAACAAUCCCCCAGCCACAGCAGUUGGCCCAAUUAUGACUCCGCGAAGUGGAGCACCCUCCUUUCACAUGCCGCAGGCGUUUGUUCCCGGCAUACCGAUUGCGACAACAGGCGGACUUACGACUGCCCCUCUGUUGGCCCCCACUGGCAUGAGUCAGUCACUUGCCGCUCCUCACAAUUCGGGUCCAGGAGGAUUGCAUGCCUAUGCCCAACACUUGCAGAGUGCCAGUGCUCCCGGCUUGACCAAUGUGGCCACAGUGGGGGUAACUGGUGGCUUCUCGGCCACAGCUAUGUCAACGGCGGCACCCGGUCAAGUGGGAUCUGCCGCUUGCGAUAAGAUGAGUAAGCGCCGCUAUGCCAUUCCAAUUAUACAUCCCGACACCAAGGAGAAUGUCCUCGAUCCCAAUAGCUCGGUGUUUAUCAAAAAGGAUUCAAAUUGUACGCUAACUCCAUGCACAGCCUUGGAUAGCAGUGAUAGCACCAUGUGCCUGUAUAAGGCCCCCACACUGAUGUCUGUUGAGUCCGAGUCGUCUCUUGUUUCUGGGGUCAUGGUCGAUCAGGAAAUGCAAACGGUGAAGGCAUCGCCCAAUCUUGAACGGCAGUCCAUUUCCGCAGAGGACCACCAGAGUAGAGGUCUCACUUUUGGAGAUGUCGACUCGAUUGAAUCAUCGACAACAACAACAACUAUUAGCACAGACAAGGAUCAGAUAAGUGUCAUUGUCAAGGAUAUACUGGCCCAUUCUGGCAAUGCCGAGGAGCAUCUCAGUUUCUUGCAAUACAGUGAUGUGGACAAUGCCACGGAGAAUCACGUUGCCGCUUUGCCUCAGGUACACAAGGAGUUAAAUUUAAACGAAUUUGUAGAAUCAUCCGGCCAAUCACAGGCGGUGCAAUUUAAGGAGUCAAAGAAGCAGCGUCCGAAAUCGGCCAACAAGCAAAGCACAGCCACGCCAACAUCUAUAGCGAAUGACGUGGCCGAAGCAGCCGCCAGCGGCUGCUCAGGCAAUACCAUUUUACCCAGAAGCCAUCAAAUGCAGGCUUCAACGACAACCACCAGUGCAUCACAGCAGCAAGCCAAAGAGCAGAAGCCAACUAAAUCCAUAGCAACAGCAACUGCAAUUCCUGUCACAACGGCUGCAACAACAACAACAACCACAGCGGCAGCAGCUACAACAAAACAGCAACAACAACAACAGCCAGUAGUGGUUGUGGCUGCUAGUUCACCAACAAAGAAGCAAUCAUCACCAGCAACCGCUACUAAUUCAGGAGCAUCUUCAUCAAAUGCUUCUACACCAACCCAUCAAGUACCACAGCAGCAACAACAACAACAACAACAGCCUCAAUCACAGCGACUUAAGGGUUCGACGACGGCAAAUGCUGCUGCUGGUGGCGCAGUAGGAAAGGUGACACAACCGACUGGAAUUGCAGCUGCUGCACGUAUUGCUGCACCUGCCGCAACGUUGGUUUCGGGCGCAACCAGUAAUAGUAACAAUAAUAAUAAUAACAGCAACAACAAAAAGAUUCGUAAGGCACAAAAACGGGCCAGGGAGCUGGAGAAAAAGAAUAAAAAAUCAUCGAUACCAAAUACAAGCAUUCAAAGCGCUAACAGCAGCAACAACAACAACAAUGCCAACAAGACAACAAGUGGCAGCGUCAGCGGCAGCAGCAGCAGCGUCUUGCAUAAUGUGACAACAAAAAUAACUGCAGUGAAUAUUAAUAUCAAUAUUAAUAACAAUAUGAAUCCUACACCAAAUACAACUGCGGCUGCUGUUAUUGUUGUUCACAAGGAUAUAAUUGAAACAACAAAACCUUUGUUGGCUGCAACGACUACAACAACAACAACAAAAUUAAUUAACGCCGCCGAAAGAGCGACGACUACAACAACAAAAACUACAACAACAACAACAACCACAACAACGACGACUGAUAAGCUUAGUGCAACUAGUAAUAAUAAUCCUAGCAUAAGUUCUAGCCUAAGAGACAACAAAUCUCCCACACCACAACCAAUUCCAAAUACUACACCUCCAUUACCCGAGCAACCCAAAGAGCAAACAACAACAAAAACAACAACAAACAAUAUUUGCGAGCUUAAUGAAGACACAAGUGAUUGCUGCCAAGAGGAUGAAACCAUUCAAUUCUCCGAGUCCAAUUCCAAGGAGCAAGACGACGAGGAGAAGCAGCAGCAGGAGGAGGAGGAGGUGCCAGAGGAUACCACACUAAAAAUGGAAAAACAACAUAUGGCCACUGAUGAAAUCGUUGCUAAAUUUUUGCAAAAGAGUUGUUCUUCCGAAUCACCUAGUAUUGAAAGUGAAUCACCUCGUCAACAACUGCAGUUCCUUAAUAGCAGCAGUUCCGUAUGCGAAGACGAGGAUGCCACGAUCAAAACGACAAUAGUGAUUGGAAGAAGCACGGGCGAGGAUGGAUCUGCAGUUGGCGAUUUGAAAUUUGGUGAUUUUAAUGAAGAGCCGCGACAUGAGACCGGUUUCAUAUGCAGUUCCACCUGGUCUAGUUCGGUGGUAAACAAGUCUCCUCCACCAGUGGCAGCGGCUAAGAGUCCUGAUUCCUCAGUACUCCUUACAAAUAGUAGCAGCAGCAGCAACAGUAGCACCACAGAUCAUGUGGAUUGUUCACCAAAACAGCUGCAAACAGCUGUUGUGAGCGGGCUUGGUAGCAAAAAGUCUUCGCCCGUUCAUCAAGCAGCCAGCAUAAUUAAACAGAAGUCUCCACAAAGUCCAGAAAAGAGCCAAUGUCCAAGUCCCAGCAAGGUAUAUAAAUAUACCAUCGAUGAGCUGCGUGAGCUUUCCAAGCUUACCGAGUCCCGUAAACCACCUAUGGUUCCAUGUCAGAAAGGAGACUGUAUUGCUCAGCUAUUUGUGUCACGUCAGCAGCAACAGCCACAGAGCCACCAUGGCCACGUUCAUAGCCAUCACAUUCAACAGUAUCAGCACAUGAACUUCAAUGAAUCGCUCGAUUAUGUGCCCGGUAAGCGUGGUCGCAAUCAUGGUCACGGCUCGAACAAGAACAAACAUCAUGAUGUACAUCAGCAAUUGGCGGCUGCUGGCCUGGGCAAUCCGGGCGCAGGAGGCAUUUUAACCAAUUUGGGGGCAAAUCAACGUAAUAUGGACAUCAUACGGGUGCAGCUGUCAUUGAAGGAGGAGAUUAAACUAUCCGAAUGCGAGAAUGCUUGGCAACCCGAGACCUUGCGUCGCACAUCAACGACCAGUAAUGCCGAUGAAGAUGAGAAUGUGGAAGCAGUUUUAAAAAAGGUGCGUGGCAUACUAAACAAAUUGACGCCGGAUAACUUUGAUGUGCUCCUCAAAGAGAUGUCCAGCAUCAAGAUGGAUAACGAGGCCAAAAUGACAAAUGUGAUGCUGCUGAUCUUUGAAAAGACUAUUAGCGAACCAAACUUUGCCCCAACCUAUGCUCGCUUCUGUAAGGUGCUGUUUCAUGAGAUCAAGGCGGAGAAUAAGUCACUUUUUACCAGCUCCCUGAUCACGCGCAUUCAGCAUGAAUUCGAAUCGAAUGUUAACGAUGCCAAUGCCAAGGCAAAGAAGCUACAGCCCACUAUGCAGUUAAUUAGCGAGUGCACAGAUGUGUCCAGAAAAUCUGAGCUUCGCGCUGAAAUGGAAGAUCUAGAAUAUCAGUUCCGACGACGAGCCUGGGGCACAGUCCGUUUCAUUGGUGAGCUCUUCAAGCUGCAAUCGCUGACAAGCGAUCGUGUGCUACACUGCAUCGAGUCGCUAUUGGAACAUGGAUGCGAGGAGAAGUUGGAAUAUAUGUGUAAGCUUCUAACCACUGUCGGCCAUCUGCUGGAGUCGAGUGUGCCAGAACCGUAUCAGAGUCGCGAUCGCAUUGAAAGGAUAUUCCGUCGCAUUCAGGACAUAGUGAAUCGAUCCCGUGGCACUUCCCACAGGCAACAGAUUAACAUUAAAAUCAGCAGUCGUGUAAGAUUUAUGAUGCAAGACGUCUUGGAUUUACGUAUUCGCAAUUGGGAUCAACCUAAUCAGCCAACGUCAGGGCAGAGCGGACGGCAGCAACAGCGUCACAAGCAGCAAGUGGAUGAGCCAAAGGAUCAUGGCCAGCAACACCACCAUGCUGUUCGUGGUGGACAGCAGCAACAGCAGCAGUCGCAUCAGCAACAAAAACAUCAUCAUCAUGGACACGACGGCACCGGUGGCAAUUACUUUCUACAGAAGAUGCCCAAACAGCAGCAGCACGAGAAUCAAACUGUCAGUAUUGAUCCAAGCAAAUUGCGCUUCAGUAGCAGCACCACCAAUGACGAGUCCACUGCCAAAUUGGGCAACUCUUCGCAUUAUCAGUGGCGCAAUGCUGGCAAUCGGCCUGUAAAUGCAUCUCCCGCCCCAACGCCGACUAGUCUAUUGAAGCGUUUGCCCACAGCACCCACAGCUGGACAACAGAAUCAGAAUCAAGGCAUUAAUUUCUCGCAAUAUCGACAUCCGCCGCCGCCUUUGGGUAUGCCCCUACCAAAGGCAGGUCGCAAUAUCAAUCCCGAGACGACAGAUCCCGGUAUCGAUGAUAAAAAGUGCAAAGAACUGGUAACCCAAUUGAUUGAAGAAGCAAUGGAUACACGUGCUUGGCAACCAGAAGUAAUGGCAAUCUGGCGUACAUUGCAAACGAAGCAACAAAUUGCUGUCCUUCGUUAUUUGCUGAUCGAGUAUCUGCAUAUGGCCAGAGUGAGUAGGCUACAGCGUCAGGCCUGUGCCAAAGUGUUUAUCGAACUGAUGCGUACCGAUGUCAUGGAAAAAACAGUUUUCACCCAAGCCUACAUAAAGUUCGGAGACGAUUUUCCCGAUGUCCUGGUGGAUGUGCCCAACGGAUGGGCCUAUGUCUUUGAAUUCUUAGGCCCAAUUAUGCACGCCAAAAUGUUGGACUUUAAGGAUGUAUGGCAGCGACGUUGGCACGAGAAAGCCUAUUUCACAGAGCGCUUUGUGGCCGCCUUUGUUAACUAUUUCGUUCAGGAAUUCGGGGCUGGCUAUGCCCGUAAAUUGUGGCUCAAUGAUUAUAAACUGGACAGGGGCCAGAUGUUCUGGAGCGAUACAAGGCAAUUUCGAGAUUUUGUGCAGUCGCAUGGCUAUCAUUUUCUCGAACCCAAUUAUGUCCAGCAUACUAAAGUAUCUACACAGCAGCGUACACCUACAGAGCAUGUGGAGCGUAUUGCUCAGUUAAUGGGCUGCUCCAGCGACAUGGCGAUUGACUAUAUAAAUACCAAUGUAGCUAUAAACACAAACUUUGUGAGGCAACUCACCAAAUUCCUUUGCUGUGACUUUGCACUUACUGUGAUGGCGUCGCCGGCGAAUACGAAGCCAAAUAACACGAAUAACAAUAACAAGAAGACGAAAAACAACAGCGUAAAGCCGCUGCAAUUAAAUAUGGAGAGCUUUAGGAACAGAUGCACACCAUUGCUGCGUCUGUGCAUAGAUGCCCAGGAGGCCCAUGAAAUAGCGUGCAUUGAUGCCACCGUGGACUCGUUGCAGCAACACUUUAUGGCCGAAAUGGAGGACGAGAUUGCUGCUGGUGAAACCAUAUGCAACACAUUUAGCAUACUAUACGAUUCGGAAGUGAUACCCAAGGAGUCGUUUGACAAGUGGUACAAGCUGGAGAUCGAGCAUUCAUCCAAUUAUCGUCGGCCGUUCAUAGACAGAUUGCGUAUGUUUAUUGAGGAUAUGUGAGGUUCAAUCAAUCCGGAGUAAUACGAAAACAGGGGGAGAAAACCCUAAUCGUAACACAAGGAAGAAAAUAUACACGCGGUCACUCGAGACACAUAAUAUUAUAUACCACACUAAUCUAUCGAGCGAUCGAUAUAUUUACAAAAUCAUGUUUGUAAAUUCAAUCUCAGACCAAACGACAACAAUAAUUUAUUUUAUAAUUAACCAUUUUUCCCCCCCAAAAAAAAAAAAGAAACACACACACAAACAUACACACACUUAUCACCACUUCAUAUAGAUAGAUGAUCCCCUUAUUUUUCAGAUCUAAUCAAUUUCUCCAAAUUGAAAACUUUCGAUUUUAAAACAGUUCAGACAUGGACACACAAAGUUUAAGCUGUUUUACAUUUCUCACAACAACAACGCGUUCCUUAAUUGAGAUCUGAAACCAUAUUGAUUAUCAAAUGAUUUGGUAAUGUUUCCAACACAAAAUCAAAAUUUAUAUACUUUCA